UGCCUCUUCGGAGAUUAAUGAUGCUAUUGCUGGGAUUGGAUCAAAGGGAAUUUUUUCUGGCCACCUCUCACUGGAUGUUGCGGAGGAUUCAAAAUGGAAUAUCAAAAGGAGUAGCUUUUGUGGAAUGCGGUCCAAGAAGUUUGAUGGCUUCAUUGAUUUGGAUGCAUAUGAUACCAUAGCUCUAAAGCUUAAAGGAGAUGGUAGAUGCUACAUAUCCACUAUCUACACGGAGAAUUGGGUGAACUCACCUGGACGGCAGGAAGAUAAUUCAUGGCAGGCAUUUUUCAUUGUGCCUAAAGACAAUUGGUAUAUUGCAAAGGCAAGUCUUGUCAUUGUUAGUACGGAGGUUAGCAAGGCGAGCUUGAGCAGUUUAUUAGGAGCUUGACUCAUUUAGACCUCUAUUCUGGAAUACUAUUCUCGAUCAAGCAUGUUAUAUUGGUCCUUUCUGUGGUUUAAUUUGUCCGUCAUAUGUGUUAUAUUGGUCCUUUCUGAAUGCAAAUUGUCACAGUAAACUGAUGGUGAUCUCUUUUCUAUUCACCAUCAAGAGUGUCUCAUCGAUGAGCACUUGAGGCUCCCUUUUUCUUGAAUGGUUUGGCCCUUAUUAUUGUUUUUGCUGCUGAAGAUAUUUUUAGACUCUAUUAAUUUGGUUAAAACUUGAACUGAUUAGUGAAAACGGUCAACGUACAUAUACUUGUGUCCUACCGCAUAUGUCAGAAACCUAUUUUGAAUUCGUGGAUUUCAUGGCCUUUUCAGAUUCCUCGUCUGAUAUUUGCCAACAUGGAGAGGGAAUGUCAUAGACGUAGAUUUGGAAAUGGAUCCAUCUCAAA